AGAAGCUCUGACAUCAGCAGGGAGACUCCCUGGAAAUUUGGAGCAGUGACGUCAGAAACAAACGGGGAGAAAGAAGGCCAGAAGAGGGAGUGUUACCAAAGAAGGGGGGCAGGAGGAGGAAGAGGUGGGCCUAUAAAGGUGGAGGAGCCGACAGUCGACCUGCCACAGUUGAAGAUGUCUCCCAUCAUCCUCAGGACGCUCUGCCUCUCUUUGCUCGUCAGCUUCAUCUCUGGUGCCGUCAUCACGACGACCGCCAGGCUGACCCUCAACUGCUCGGAGAGGGUCCACCCCAAGCUGAUCCAGGACCUGUGGAACUGGACCAAGCAGCUGAAAGAGAAGCUCCCGGAAGAUAAAAGUCCAGUCAGACUGGUCCCGAAGUUCUGCGUCAGUUGUUCUAAGCGUGUGAUUGGCUGGAUGGAGAUCAGGGAGCUGGUGGACGUCUACCAGGCCCACGUGUUCAGCAGUAAAGCUCUGGAGAAGCUGCUCCACGUCCACUACAACGACGUCCUGCACCGACUGCAGAACGUGCUGCAGAACUGCGUUUCUUCUUCAGAGCCAUCGAAGUUCGCCGAAGAAAUCCAGGAAAUGGGGACAAAGAUAAAGAAGAAACACCACGGAGCGAUGAAGGCGGCGUCCGAGUUCACCUUCGUCCUCGGCUGGAUCAGCGAGCUCAAGUGAAACGUGCGUCCUCUUCAUGACCAUCUCAGCCUGGACUGGACCACAUCUUCAUCACCAUCAACAUCAGCAUCUUCAUCAUCAUCAUCUUCAUCACCAUCAACAUCUUCAUCUUCACCUUCAUCAUCUUCAUCAUCUUCAUCAUCUUCAUCACCAUCAUCA